UCAACUUCAGCAGUGGCCAUCCUCAAAUCUGAGAGGAAAAACAAAGUGAAGGUUAGAAGGGUAGUGUGUGUGUGAUCAGCAAUGGAGAGAGAGGGAGAGGGAAUCCCAGCAAAAGAGAGCAUUUUAGUGACUGUUUUGGACAAGGUAGACGGGGCUUGCACUUGGGUGAAAGAAAAAGGGAAGUCAGUCUGCCGUUUCUUCAGUGGAGCUUUUCGAGGGUUGAGGUCGUUUUUCACCUUUUCUUCUGAAAAACCUGAGGAAGUGCUUUCAGGGAGCAACACCCAGAUAGACAACUCCUCUGAAAAGAAACCGAUGGUUCAGGUGGCUCCUGAGGAGGGAGAGAAAGUGGAAGUGGUGGUUGAUCAGGACGCUUCUGUCCCAGCAAAAGACAGCUUUUUUGUGCGUGUUUGGAACAAGAUGCAUGAAGCUUGGACUUGGGUGAAAGACAAAGUGAAGUCAGUCUCGAAGCUCUUCAUCACUGAGUCCAUCACUGAAGCUCUUCUGGGGAUCAGGUCUUUUGUCACAGAAGUGCUUUCAGGGAUCAACACCCAGCUAGACAACUUGUCUGGGAAGCCAAGGAAGGUCGGGGAGGUUCCUGAGGAGGGUGGUCUUCUGGAUGAGAUGAACAGGCUGCUUCAGAAGAUGAGGAAGUUGGUGGAUCAAUGGUUGGGGGUUGGGAACAGCCUUGGAAUGAAGGCUGCACGCCUGACAGUGAAUUGGCUUCUUGAUUUGGUUGGAGGGUUCAUUGAGUUGUUGCAGAAAGCCAUUAAGGUUGGUGGAGUGAUGAGAGAUGUGAGGUGUAAACAAGGAAGAAAAUGUCGCGAAUCGCCGAAAUAUCGCGUAUCGGCUGGCAACGAGCCAACCGCUGGGGCAAGUUUGCCCCUUGAUAUAUAAUGGGGCAAGAAAAUGUGCACCCUAUGGGAGGACUAGUUUCAUCACUAUACUAGUGCUUGCUAAGCAUUAUCAAUAGCAUAACUAGAUAAAUUAGUAAAUAUGGAUGGUGGCUAGUAUUCAACCAGCUUUUAUUUUUCAUCAGAGAUUAUUACUUUCCAAA